UCGCUCUCCCGGUGUGGGGCGGGCGGGCGCUGCGGCUGCCGCGGCUGCUGCUUCCUCGGGCCAUUUUGCUGAGGAGCGACCCGGAGGAGGAGCUGCCGAGGAGACCCAAGGCGAGGAACGGCGAGCCGGAGGAGGCGGAGGCCGUGCGGGCCCGGGCCUUCCUCGGUCGCAGGGAUCUCGAGGGGCGAAGGGAUCGCCAGGGAGGGGGACCGGAGAGCCGCGCCUGUCGCGCGGCGCGCCCCUUCCCGCCCCCUGCACCAUGAGCUGGGGCACCGAGCUCUGGGAUCAAUUUGAAAACUUAGAAAAACACACCCAGUGGGGAAUUGAUAUUCUUGAGAAAUACAUCAAAUUUGUGAAGGAAAGAACGGAGAUUGAACUCAGCUAUGCAAAGCAACUCAGGAAUCUUUCGAAGAAAUACCAACCUAAAAAGAACUCGAAGGAGGAAGAAGAAUACAAGUAUACGGCAUGUAAAGCCUUCCUUUCCACCCUGAAUGAGAUGAACGAUUACGCUGGACAGCAUGAAGUCAUCUCCGAGAACAUGACAUCACAGAUCACCGUGGAGUUAGCCCGCUACGUCCAGGAACUGAAACAGGAGAGGAAAUCGCACUUUCAUGAAGGACGGAAGGCACAGCAACACAUAGAGACCUGCUGGAAGCAACUUGAAUCAAGCAAAAGACGGUUUGAGCGGGAUUGCAAAGAGGCUGACCGAGCACAGCAGUACUUUGAGAAAAUGGAUGCUGACAUAAAUGUUACAAAAGCAGACGUUGAAAAGGCACGACAACAAGCUCAAAUACGUCACCAAAUGGCCGAGGACAGCAAAGCAGAUUACUCGUCGAUUCUUCAGAAAUUCAACCAUGAGCAGCGCGAGUAUUACUACAGUCACAUUCCCACUAUAUAUCAGAAAAUACAAGAGAUGGAGGAAAGGAGGAUAGUGAGGAUGGGAGAAUCGAUGAAGACCUAUGCAGAGGUGGAUCGGCAGGUGGUCCCAAUCAUUGGGAAAUGCCUGGAUGGAAUCGUGAAGGCAGCUGAGUCCAUUGAUCAAAAAAAUGAUUCACAGCUGGUAAUAGAAGCUUAUAAGUCAGGCUUUGAGCCUCCCGGAGACAUUGAAUUUGAAGAUUACACUCAGCCAAUGAAACGCACCAUAUCCGAGAACAGCCUUUCAAAUUCCAGAGGAGAAGGCAAAGCAGAGCUCAAAUUUGGUGGCAAAUCCAAAGGAAAGUUAUGGCCGUUCAUCAAAAAAAAUAAGUCUCCCAAGCAGCAAAAGGAACCCCUCUCCCAUCGCUUCAACGAGUUCAUGACCUCCAAACCCAAAAUCCACUGCUUCAGGAGCCUAAAGCGAGGGCUUUCUCUCAAGCUGGGUGCAGCACCGGAGGAUUUCAGCAACCUCCCACCUGAACAGAGAAGGAAAAAGCUCCAACAGAAAGUCGAUGAAUUAAAUAAAGACAUUCAAAAGGAGAUGGAUCAAAGAGAUGCCAUAACAAAAAUGAAGGAUGUUUACCUCAAGAAUCCUCAAAUGGGAGACCCAGCCAGUUUGGACCACAAAUUAACAGAAGUCAGCCAAAAUAUAGAAAAACUGCGACUGGAGGCCCAGAAAUUUGAGGCGUGGCUGGCUGAGGUGGAGGGCAGGCUCCCGGCACGCAGCGAGCAGGCCCGCCGACAAAGUGGCAUGUACGAUGGCCAGACCGCCCCGCCGGUCAACAACUGCGCCCAAGACCGGGAGAGCCCGGAUGGCAGUUACACGGAGGAGCAGAGUCAGGAGAGUGAGGUGAAGGUGCUGGCCACGGAUUUUGAUGACGAGUUUGACGACGAGGAACCCCUACCUGCCAUAGGGACUUGCAAAGCUCUCUACACGUUUGACGGUCAGAAUGAAGGAACCAUUUCAGUGGUCGAAGGAGAAACGCUCUAUGUUAUAGAGGAAGACAAAGGUGAUGGGUGGACCCGCAUUCGGAGAAGUGAAGAAGAAGAGGGCUAUGUCCCCACUUCAUACGUCGAAGUCUAUUUGGACAAAAAUGCCAAAGGUGCUAAGACUUAUAUUUAAUACAACUUUAAAAAAAAAAAAAAAACCUUAAAAUAAAUUGGAGUUGUCUCUCCCCACAACUGUGACUGUUGCAGGCAGUUCUUCAAAAGACUGGAUGGAGCGUGCGGCCGGCCACAUUGUCACAUAGCCACUUGGUGACUUCAGGCCCCUCCCUCCGACUUUCCCUGUCUAGUCCUGACUAUAAUCAAGUUUCACUUGCUGAUGACAUUUUAUGUGGAAAGCUGCCAACUGCCAAUUUACAACCGUGUCAUUUGAAAUCUGAUAAACAUUUUUGCUUUCGGCAGUAUCUGUAGAUAACAAAACAAAACAAAACAAGCUGCCUUCUAGCUUCUAAUCAAUAUUUCUGAAUUUCAAACUCCGCACACAACACAGAGGUGCAGAAGACUUCCGUUUUCUUAUUUAUAUGUAGUAUCUGUAUCCGACACCAAUAGAACUACCUUAGAAUGUUACAUUUUGUAACCGUAAGUUGAACUGUGCUACUUUGUUCAAUUUUACCAUCCUUCACUUUGGAGGAAGUCAUAAAUAAAAGCUCCUACCCCUCAACCCCCACCCCCACUCCCCACUUGAGUAAAGAAGCAAAUAAGAAAAUUGUUUUAUGGGUACCAAAAGUGUGAAUUUUUAUCGGGAUUAUCCUAGUAUAUCUAUUUGAUCCCUGGAAAAGUUUGGUCAGUUAUCCAUCUGAUUUUUACACACGGCUAGUGACCUGCUCUCUCCCAGCUGACAGAGUUAUCAGAUGUGCUGGUAAUGCUGUUUAGAUAAACUUACGUAAAAAUAGUGUACUUAGUUUUUGUUCUGCUGGAAGUUGUGUGGCAAGUGGAGCUGUAUUCAGCUGACACGUCCUGGGUGUGGCUAUAAGGAGAGUGAACAGCGUCUGCUUCUGCAGAGACAGACUCCAAUACAUCGCUUUUCAAAGGGAGAAUUUUUUUUUUCUUUUAAACAUUGGCAUCUUUAACACCCAAAGUGAAUUUACUGAAAACCAUGUUAGAAUUGCUUGCUCGUUUUGUAGAAUUAACAGUAGCCAGAAUAAAAUAAAAUGUUUCACCCUCUUGAAAGGAAUCUAGGUCACAUGGGGAUUUGCAUUUUGAAGCUGGCAGGAGAAGUGGUGAAAUUGGUCCUAUGGAUGGAUGGGUACCAAGCCCAGUGUUUGUGCCCAUUUUGCAAAUUACCCUGAGAUCAUGGAGAUCAGCUAUAAAUGGGUCACAGUGAAAGUGUCAAGAUUCUCUUUUUAUUUGGCUUUGAAAAUGAUCCCUGUCCUUCCUACUUUUAAAUGGGAAAUUCGCUCUUUGCCUCGACACCGCGGCUUCUUUUAUAAGCCAAUUUGGAGCUGACUUUAAAAGUGAGGGCAAUACAUCGUGGGUCGAGGACCUGGCAGGAGUUACGGGAGCGUGUUGCUGAUUCCAGCAGAAAGUUCGCUUAUAUUUCUCACAAGGGCCAUCAAGGUGGAAUGUAGUAAUCUUUACUUAAUGACAGCCUAAUUUUUAAAAUGCUUUUUAUUUUUAAAUAAUUAUAGAAUCUGAGGAACUUGCAAAGAUAGCACAGAGAGAUCCGGGUACCCUUCACCCAGUUUCCUCCCGGUGGUUAUAUCUGACAACGAUUGUAAUACAGUAUCAAAAGCAGGAAACCAAUAUCGGUCAGCCUGAUUUUUAAAAUAUAAUUUUGUAAUUCAAAUUUCUUUGGAAUUAUUAUACCUUUGCUGACAUAAUAUCAAUAAAGCCACUCACCUGAGCCCAGACCUCUCUGGGGAACUGUUUCAGCCCCCCCUUUUUAACUAUUGCAGCAAAAAGGAGACAAAUCAGCUGAUCCUUAAACCACAGGGGUGUGUUUUCAUGGGCAGGAAGUCACAGUGUUAGACUUGUAACCAAAUGAAAGGGGAGACCUACGGGAUGAAAACCUAACCUUUCUCUCCAGAGAGGAACUCGUUUCCAGACUAUGGACUAUACUGAUACUGGAGAAGGCAAACUUAAACACUGAAAAAGUCUUAAAUUGGGGUAAAACAAUAUUAGCCUUUGAAAAGCUUGCCCUGAAAAGUAUAGCACUCCAUGAAGGUUUUUCUUUAUUUUGCUUUUUUUUUUUUUUUUCCUUUGGUGUUGUGCAAAUUGGACUCAGAAAACAGCACUGUUGGUUUGGGGGGGUUGGUUUGGGCACCUGAACUAUGGUCAUUACUAUAAGUUGUACGCCCCAGACCCUGUAGCCCAUGCGUCUGUGUCAAGGUGACAAAACGGUGAAAGACACUUUGUGGUUUCAGUCCCAUCCCAUCUCGUCAAUGCGUGAAAUAUUAGCAAAAGCAUUCAAACAAAUCCCAAAGGAUCAGGAAUGUUCCCAUUCCACCCAAAGUAUACUUUGUUGUCUUCCAAUAGUUAGUUACCUGUUAAUAAAAAGAAGCAAAGCCCCAGCUUGUUUAUAAAGUUACCUGUUUUCAUUUUAGAGCUACACUUAGCAGUGACUGAUGUGUGUGGAGAAGCCUUUCUCGUGUUUCUAAGUCCGUCCGCCUCCCCCACCGACACCGCCUGCCUUACAGUGUUUCCCAAGGCCCACAACUCCAUGCAGUUGUUUUAUUUUCAGUAACACCCGUGCUGUGUGUAUAUGUGUCGUCUCCGAUGUGACUAUUUAAUAAUUGCCAAAAUAUUUAGUUUAGGGGAACUUCCCACUGGUCAACUGGAUUGUGACUGUCCUCUUUUAUGGUUUGGUUUGGUUUAUUUUUUUCAGUUGCUUUCUGUUAAAUAUGUCCGCAUACCCCCUCCCCCAAUAUAUUUGUAUAUACUGCAAUUUAAAAACUAAAAGGAUUACUUGAAUUCGUUGUUUUAACGUUUGACUCUUUUAUCUGUUUGUUUUAUUGGUGAUUCUGCUGCCUAAAAGUGACCUUUUUGUUUUUGUAACCGCUGGGGAAGCCGGAAGGACUGUUUCCCUGCUAGCUAGGGCCCUGCCGGCUGGUCCACCCUUGAGUUUAUUGUAGACACUUGGGUUCUGAGUAAGUUUCGUUCCAAUAUGGCCAACAUGGUUGUCUCUCUCUAUUCUUAUCCUAACAGACAAGAAUCUGUCUGGCACCUUUUAGUUGUACCCUUGUAUCUGCCUCUCUAAUAAACGUUGUAUUUUUUCUC